AUGGCCCCUUCGCCUCCGAGACUUCGCAUUCUAUCAGUUGGUGGAAAUGCGGUGUCAGCCUUUCUUUCCUGGAGACUACAGGCUACGCAUUCUUGCGAUGUGACGCUGGUGUGGAAGUCGAGCUUUGAGACCGUACAGCAAUACGGCGUCUCCUUCAAAUCGAAAGUCUUUGGCAACGAACGCUUCAAGCCUCGACAUGUUGUCCGUACGCCAGAGGAAGGAGCGGCUAUAGAGCAGUCGUUCGAUUACGUGAUUCUCUGCGUCAAAGCCCUUCCAGAUGUCUACGACCUUGCUGGUGUUAUCGAAUCCGUCGUCACCCCCCAACACACCUGUAUCCUGGUCAACACAACUAGCACAAUAGGCAUCGAGGCUCACUUGGAACAGCGGUUCCCAAAGAAUGUUGUCCUUUCGCUAGUGUCUGCUGUCGAUAUCGUUCAGACUGGUAUGAGCGAGUUUGAACAUACAUCCUCCACCGAUAUGUGGGUGGGUCCGGCGUCGAAAAACGCCAUGAUUCCAACAGCGAUACAGAACGAUAUGGCUGCUGCCCUGGCCAUAACCCUCGGCACAGCUCAGGUGAACUGCAAGGUAUCUGAAAAUAUACUCCAGCAGCAGUACGAUCGUAUGAUCGGACCGAUUGCCUUUUACCCUCUCAGUGUGCUAUUCGAGACCUCGAACCAUAGUCAGCUGCUAGAGAAAGUCGGUCUACGCCAGAUGGUGUCCGACGUUCUCGACGAGUUGAUUACUCUGGCAAAAUCACAAGGAUGCAGCUUUGCAGACGACUUCAAGGAAAAGACUAUCCAGGCAAUGACCGUUCCGUCAGAGAACCCCAGCAUUAUGUAUCAGGAUUUCCAGGCUAGGCGGCCAAUGGAAAUUGAAACUUACCUUGGAACCCCAGUCAAGAUGGCGACCGAGAAUGGUGUAAAAAUCCCUCGUAUUGAGACGUUGUAUGCAAUGCUGCAUCAUAUUAAUACUACGAACCAAAACCGCCAACCCCCAACCGAACCCUCAUCACCGGUUUCCAUACACCCACCGCGGAUAUCGUCCGCUCCUCCCAGGCCACCGAUGAAUGGCGCCCCUCGAGGCGGAGGAAAUUAUCGAGGACAACCGCCGCCACCACGCCGAGGACCCUCUUCAAUGGGCAACAACCCAAGACCGCUCCCUCCUCAGGCAAAUGGUCACCUCCCACGAGGCCCUAAACAGGGCCUUCCCCGUGAUCUUUCCUACGAGGAUCCGGCCCUCGAUGAAUUCAGUCAUCUUGUACUCUACGAAGAUGGGCCCGAAGACGCCCAAUCUCAGCAUGGCGGAUACAACGGCCAUAUGAAUGGAGGGCCGCCACCAAAUGGUAUGGCACUGAAGGAGCGUGAACUCAUGCUUCGCCAACGGGAAAUAGCACUAAGAGAGCAAGAAAUGCAAAUGAGACGUCGCGGCGGCGGAAGGGCACCAUCGACUAGAGGCGGGUUUGAUGACGAUGACGAUGAUUGCUAUGACGUGCCGGACCACCGUGGCCCACCUAUGCCUCAAAUUGACCCUGAUAAUUUUGACAUGAUGAGCGUAACCUCUAAAAGGACUAGGAAAACCCCGACAGCGCCACAAAAAGAAUUCCGCAAGAACCCUGAACUGAACAAUUCACGCCCUCCCUCUGUUUUCAGUAGACACUUUGGCGCUGGGAGACAUCGUGCAAGUUCGAGGAUAGUGGAAGAGAUACCCGGGAUGCAUGACUCGCUCUUGGACAACCCUAUGAUGAGCUACUCGUCCAACCGAUACGGAAAUGUCGACAGGAGAGAGAUGCACAACGAAUCAAGGGCGAAUUCGUUGACAGCUGCCCGCGUUGGCGAGAUGGGACACGGUCCCUUCCCACCAAGCCGGAGAACCAGCCAGUCUCCAGGCCAUCCUCCCCACCCAAAUGGGAGGAUGAGUCGCCCAACUACAGGCCAUGAUGGUGGCCAAAUGCCACCUCCGCUACCAAAUGGAAUGGGCCACAACGGGAGGCCAUCACCCCCAGGAAUGAUGAGAGCCCCUGUACCAAGGCACCCGCCUGGUCAGGGGAAUGCUGUAAUGCCGCAUCAGGUCGAGCAACAUGUCGGGGUGAGCAAUCAUUCGUACCCUUCCAAAGGUCCUCCAAACAUUCGAAGUCUGACGGGCAGUGCGAGCGCCAGCGGGGAGAGUGGUGAUAGUGGUGCUAGCGCGCAUAUCGACUCAGAGAAUUCUGCCUAUAGUAGCCAGAGCAGCCUUGAUCCCCACCAUCGUGGACCUGCAAUCCGAUAA